AUGGCGCGGGAUAGCGAGAUGCAGGAGUUUACCCGCAGCCUGUUCCGAGGACGCCCGGACCUCAGUACUCUCACGCACUCCAUCGUGCGGCAGAGGUUCUUGGCUCACGUGGGCCGCGACCAUCUGGAACCGGAGGAGAAGCAGGCGCUGAAGCGGCUGGUGGAGGAGGAGCUGCUGAAGAUGCAGGUGGAUGAAGCGGGUAACAGGGAGAAGCUAGACCUCACGAAAAAGGUGAAGAGGCCUCCCACUCCCUCCAGUGAUCCAGAGAGAAAAAGGUUCCGUUUCAACUCAGAGUCAGAGCUCGGCUCUGCAGCCUCCAGUCCAGACAGCUUUGGCUCCCCAGCAAAGAAUGGGAUGGCAGCAGCAGAAGCCAGUUCAUCCGAGAAGAGUCCAAAGCGAGCCCCAGAGAACGCAAUGGAAGAAAGCAGAGAUGAGGGAGAACAGCCCGGGAACCUGACUGCAAAGCUGGGAUUAGAGGAGAGUAGUGAGGAAGAGGAGGAAAAGGAGUUCCAAGACAAGACCAGGAAGAAGACUGUGACGAAGAAGAACAAGCAGACAUCAAGCAAGGCCUCAGCCAGUAGGAAGCAGGCCAGGGAGGAGAGUGAGGGCAGUGAGGAUGAACCUGCCCCGAGGAUGGGAAGGAAGGGGCAGGGGAAGAGAGGAGCGAAAAGCCACCAGGAAAGUGAAGAGGACAGUGAGGGUGAACAAGAGGAGAGCCCAGCUGAGCAGAAAGGCAGCGAGGAGGAAGGGGAGGGGGGAGAAGAGGCGGCCGAGGAGCAGGAAAGGAAACACAAAGCCAUGAGUAACACAGGGAAGAGGUUCGCUUGGGAGAAGAACUUUAAGCAAAAGAGCAGGACAGAGCGGCUCACAGGGGACUGGGGAGACAGAGGUGAAGAGAAGGAAGAAGAGGCAGCAGGCAGUGGGGAUAACAUGGGGGGAGAUGAAAAGCCCCCAGUGAAGAGGAAGAGCAAGGACAGGACCCAGUGUGAGGGCGGGGAAGGGCCGAGUGGCAGCAGCGAGGAUGGGGAAGACAGCUGGAGAAAGGUGAAACUAAGGAAUAAAGGCUCUAGAAAGGCAGCCGAAGUGGACAGCACUGCUGAGGAGAGUGACUUGGAGAGGGAGGUGAGUGACAGCGAGGCAGGAGGGAGUCCCAAGGAGGAGAGGAAGAACCGCUCGCCUAAGAAGAGCUCCAAGAAAGGCAAGACACGAAGCUCCUCUUCCUCCUCCUCAGACGGGAGUCCGGAGCCCAAAGGCAGGAAGGCUGCCGCUGGUCGGCGUGGUGAGGACCACCCAGCUGUGAUGAGGCUAAAGCGCUACAUCCGGGCUUGCGGGGCCUAUCGCAACUACAAGAAGCUUCUGGGCGCCUGUCACUCACACAAGGAGCGCCUGAGCGUCCUCCGGGCUGAGCUGGAGGCCCUGGGCAUGAAGGGUAACCCUUCCUUGGAGAAGUGUCGGGCCCUGAAGGCGCAACGGGAGGAGGCAGCCGAGGUGGCCUCCUUGGACGUUGCCAACAUCAUCAGCAGUUCAGGUCGGCCACGGAGGCGCACAGCCUGGAACCCUUCAGGAGAAGCGGCCUCCUCUGGGGAGCCAUACCGCAGGACCCUGGACUCAGAGGAAGAGCGGCCCCACCCCCCACCCCCAGACUGGUCACAUAUGCACGGCAUCAUCAGCAGUGACGGCGAGAGUAACUGA